AUGGAUACAGAAACCCCGCCGAUGCAAGAUCAUGACUUCGUCAGCUCGCAGUGGGUUGACAUGGGAGGAUAUGCGGCUACUCAGCACCAUCAGUUGACGGACUACACUGGGUUUCAAUUUGGGUCAUCGCCCAUCAUGCCAAUGGAGCCUGCAUAUAGCAUGUCUAUGCCCCAGCCGUAUACGACGCAGCACUUGAUCCCGCUCACCAUGUCUUCUCAAUGGCCGAGCAUGCUGUCUACCCAGCCUGGUUUUGCGCCAAUGCCAGUUGCGCCGAUGCCAAUAACCCCCAUUCCACCUCCCUUGCAGCACGUUCAGGCGCCGCAGAUGGCGACACCACCAACGCCGCGAAGAACUUUGACUGACGCCGAGCGCCGACGCAUGUGCCUGUAUCAUCAGGAGAAUCCUCAUGUCAAGCAGACCGAGAUUGGAGCCAUGUUUGGUGUUGAACGAAGGUAUGCUGGUGAUCUUUAUGUUGGUGUUGGUAACAAGGUCCAUUAUCUAACUAAGUCUAUCUACUUUUACAGCACCGUUUCCAAAGUACUCCGCCAAAAGGAAAAGUAUCUUUUUCCUGAUGAUGGCCGUCGAUCUCCUGUUAAGAAGACAAAGGGGAAGUUCCCUGAUAUUGAACGUGCCCUGUCAAACUGGGUCAAGAACCACCUGCGUCAGGGCGGAGAUAUCAACGAUGAGUUGAUCAGGGAGAAGGCCACGUUUUUUGCAAGAACCGUCGGCAGCCCAGAAGGCCACGAGAGAAUUCUGACCACAAACUGGCUGGAGAAGUUCAAACAGAAGAACUACAUCAUUGAAUCCCCCGACAGGAAAUCCUCUAUUGACAUCACUAGCCCGAGGAAGAGAUCCACCAUCCAGACACCCACCCAGCUGUCUCCCAUUUCUCCCAGCUCAGCCACAACACUUUCUCCCACAUCUCCUACCCAGCCCAGAGGAGCACGGGAAGGGGAACUUGUCAAUGGAGGCAGUGACGAUGUUUUUGGCGUAUCUCUUCCACAGGAGGGAACCCCCAUUACAACACCUACUCUCGCCAGGGCAACAAGCGAGUCGACGAUAAUCUUCACUUCUCAGAACCCCUUUGCACCGUCUGAACACACGGGCCUGGGCGUAGAUUCAAAGCGAAGACGAAGCCAGACGUUGCCAGUGAUGACACCUGGAUCUUCCAUGGUCAAGGAUGAGCCCCCUGAGAGCCUCUCGCCGACAAACAUCUUCACCACUCAGCCCGGAGUUAUUGAAGAGGAAGACCCUUCGGAAUCCAUCGACGCACCAGCAAUGAAGAGAAACCGCAGCAAUCCAGAAAUCAUCUCCAACGUAACUCCCAUGCAGCCACCACCUCUUCCGAAAUCCAAGAGCAUAUCCUCCCCAGCAACUUCUCCUACCAUCUCCCCGACACAUGAUGAAGCUCGCCAGGCACUGGAACUCGUCCUUAACUAUUUCAAAAACCAGUCCAUGGAGCUGGCGGUAGCUGAUUACCAGAUCAUAGGGAAACUCAUGGAGAAGCUGAAGCUAGCACAUGGCCAGCCAUACAUACAGCCCAUGAAAUCCACUACAUCUCGAUCCAAAAUCCAUACCGAUAGACCUCGGGUUAGCAAGAAAAGAAGCAUCCACACUCUAUAA